AUGGACAAUUCAGAGUUCGUGCUGGAAUGCUUCUAGACCACCCUUGGGAAGAAACUUUAGCGACUUCAUCGACUGUAGAAAGCAAAGAAUUAGCCAAUAAUAUCACAUACGGCAUAAAUUCAACGUUUACUGAUCAGAGUUCCACGUUCAGAGACAUCUUCCUCGGAGUAGAUAUGUUUUCAUUUUCGAAUGACGACGGUGGCAUUCGAACAUCGUUUCAGUGUAUCUUCGGUGGUUCUCCGUCAGAGGACAUCUCGACCAGACAUGCCUUCACCGAACUUUUCAUUGCCGAGUUGGAAGACGGAUUCGAUGACGAAAACUUUUUCGACCUCGAGUUAAGUGCGGACGAAUCGGUGGAUGUUUUCCGAUUCAUAAAAUUAUGAUCCUAUGCAAUCCGCGUGUCUUUGAAACACUGCUUUUCGCGCCACUUCUUAACUUAAGCAUUCUGUGGUGUAAAAGCUUCUCCAUAAAAAUCGAUCGGUACUGUAAUGCUUCAUUUCUAUUUAAAAAAAUGAAAUAAACUGUAAUGAUGGUUUAGCUUGAGUUCAAUGAUUAUGCCUUUAUUAUAUUAUCGAAUACUCUGUUGCCAGAAGGAACUCGUGCACACAUAAUAAACUUUUCCGGUUGCACUCUGACACACACUCCGCACCCCCAACACACACACACACACACCAAGCAAAAAUCGUUUACACGUUUACCUGAACAGGACCUGUUAGCUAUAGCUUUCCGUUUAUAAGGCAUGGUAUAUUUAAAGGUUAAGUCCACCUCAGAAAAAUGUUGAUUUGAAUCAAUAUAGAAAAUCAGACAAGCACA